AUGCCGUUCCUCACAAGCGUCAAAAGUGUCGCAGCUCGAAUUGUUCCCAGACGUCGCAGAAAAGUAUUAGAGAAUCACAAUGGUGCAGCGGGUCAGAAAGUCCCGGCUGAUUUUCUCCCGCCCCUGAGGCCGGUGGAUCUUCCACGUAUACUUCCUGAGCAUCGUUCCGCGCUUGUGGAUCAUGGAUGGACAAAGGUCACAUUUCAUGAACCUUUAGACGAGUUGCAUCGGAGCUCUCAAGCCUUGUUCCGAGCCAGCAAGGAAUUCUUCGAUCUUCCUUCGGCCCAGAAGGAAGCAUACAAAACCCAAGCAGGGAGUGAGGAAGGUUGGAGCCAUGUAGAGGGCGAGAAGGAAUUCAUCUCGCUUCGAAGGCUUGGGAAUACUCCGCCAGAGCUCAAGGAAGCUGCGCAAGCCUACUGGGCCGAGGCGGGAAAUUAUUUGGAUGAAUUAUUAGGGCGAGUGGCCGAGAGUCUGGGGCUACCUGCUGCAGCAUUGGACGCCUAUUCAAAACCUUGUGCGGAAUUAGGCCUGGAUAAAACAGCGACGAUGCUACGCCUCUUCAGGUAUGAUUGUUCUGGAGAGAAUCAAACAAAAACUGUCGCUGAAGGUAUGCCACCACUUUAUGGCACAAUGGAUCCCAUCGCCUGUGCAUCUUGGUCUCUUCUGCGCCCUGCUAAUCAUCUAUAUCUAGCACAUAGAGACCUAGGACUACUAUCCCUCGUCAUUGGUGACAUACCAGGUCUGGAGGUGUGGAACGGCCACGAGAAGUUUUGGUUCCCCAUUGAAAGAACCUUUGACUCACCAGCCGGGUGUGUCAUGGCCGGCCGUCAACUAGAGAAGCUUACGAACAUGAGGUAUCCUGGCGGCGGUCAUCGAGUUCGCUCCUACGGUGACGCCGAAGCUCGAGUCCCUGGGGCUUCCACCAAUUCCCAGGGUUACCGGUACUCCAUAGUCUUUGUUCUGCGAGCGCAUUCGCCAGUACCAGUCAAUACUGAUGAACUCACCACCAGUAUCACUGGCCAGUUCCAAGCCCCUUUAAAAGGCGUCACCGCACAUGAACUAUAUAAAGAGAUUCAUGCAUCUGUAUUUAAUAUUAAUAUCGGGGUAGAAGAGCGGAACCGGCAAAAGCAGAAACUAGCAGAGAUGAAGACCCAGGCAGUAUCACCUACGCUUAAUUGA